AUGAAGAGACAAGCCGCCAAGCAGAUGCGCCGCGAGGACGGCGACGACGACGACGACGAGGGACAGGACGAGAUGCAGCACGGCACCCCCGUGGUUCCCUCGCCAGCAUCCGAGGGUCGACAAAUCCGAGGCCUCCCGAAACGGCGUAUUGCGGGCUCCCCUGCGGUGGGCUCGCCGGCCAGCCCUGGCUUUAGCUUUGGUGCCGCUUCUCCAGCAACGCCAGCCCCUCCUUCGCCGGCAUUCUCGUUCGGGACGCCGGCACCAAAGUCGGACGACGCCAGCAAGCCGGCAAACCCCUUCGCCUCGUUUGGCGGCUUCGGCAAGGCCAACACCGCCACAACGACGCCGGCCAAGAGCGCCACGCCGACCUUUGCAUUCGGCGGCGGCGGCGGCGGCGGCAGCGCCAGCACGGCGAGCCCGUCCGCUGCCUCGACGACCAGUUCCGCGCCUGCGCCGUCCUUUUCUACCACGCCGAUCAAGCCGCCGUCGUCGACGUCCAGCUUCCUCUCUGGCAUCGUCGCGUCCACAUCCACACCGGCCUCGUCCACCGCCGCUUCCUCCGCAGCAGGGACGGCCUCGGGGUCGAGCGUCUCUGCGUCGCAGAAGGAGCGCUUUUCGUCCCUGCGCGGGCUCAACGUGUCGCUCAAGGACGCGCUGCUCGCACAGCUUGACACGCGCCUCAAGGAGGAUCCGUUCUGCGACCUGACGCAGGCUCUUCGCGACGCAGAGCGCCAGUACGUCAAGCACCGCGCGGAGAUCGAGGGCAAGGCGGGUGCGCAGAACGGCGCUUCUUCUGCCGUCAAUGGAGCUUCUUCGAAGCCCGGCUCGGACGCAGCCGCAAAGGCCGACGAGCCGAAGCCCAAGCCGCCGGCGUUUUCCUUUACGCCGGUCUCGGCCCCAGCUCCGGCACCCACCGCCACGGCAGCAGCGACACCGAAGCCGGCACAAACUGAGGCUCCCUUGACCCCAGCGAAGCAGGAAGCCGACAAGGGCACCACAAAGGACGCGUCUGCGCCUCCAAAGUUCUCGCUCCCGGCAGGCGGGUUCACGUUCGGAGGCAAGCCCGUAUCCGACGCUGCCCCGCCCUCGUCGUCCUCGAGCAACGGCAGCGCCGCAUCCGGCCCCAAGUUUGACAUUCCAAAGGGCGGGUUUGAGUUCGCAGGCGUCAAGCCGGCCGCCGCCGCCCCUACCUCGACGUCGUCCGCACCCGCAACAUCAGCUGCUGCAUCGGCACCUGCAUCCGAGGCCACAAAGUCGGCGGGCGACAGCAAGACGGACAAGGAGCAGGUCGGCAGCAGCAGCAGCAGCAGCGGCGCCACGACGUCGACGACGCCGGCCUUUGCAUCGCCAUCGAUUGGCGGAUCUCCGCACCGAUUCACAUUCGGAUCCGCAGCUUCGCCCGGUUCCUCGUCGUCGUCGUCGUCGCCACCCAAGCCGGCGACCACGACGGGGUUCAGCUUCGGAUCCACGCCGUCGUCGUCCUCUACCACCUCGGCUUUCGGUUCGCCCUUUGGAACAGCGGGAGCGGGAGCAGGAGGCGGUGCGGCGGGUAGCACGCCGUUUGGCUCGUCGUUCGCCAAUACGUCCGGCGUCUCGCAGCCUGGAGCGUUCUCGUUUGGCAGCAAAAUCGCCUUUGGAGGCGCUUCCGCCAAGACGGAGGACAAGAAGGAAGGAGGAGGAGGAGACGCGAAGGAGUCGAAGUAG